UUGAUCUUGUCGUCGCCAUAUCCUUUCUUUGUACCUGCCCCGCCGUUGAACCGGGCGACCAAUCCCCUCCCUGCCGCCGGCGAGCAAUCCCCGCCACCACCGCCGCAGCAGCAGCAGCAGAAGCAGCGCCGGCCGUGCGGGAUGGGAGACGAACGGGUGAAGGCGGAGGCGCUGCAGAUCCUGGGCCUGUUCCAGGUGCUCCCCCGCCUCGUCGUCUUCGACCUCGACUACACCCUGUGGCCCUUCUACUGCGAGUGCCGCUCCAAGAGGGAGUCGCCGAGCCUGUACCGCCACGCCAAGGGCAUCAUGUGCGCGCUCAAGGAGAAGGGGGUCGACAUGGCCAUCGCCUCGCGCUCGCCCACCUCCGACAUCGCCAGGGCCUUCAUCGACAAGCUCGAGCUCCAGCCCAUGUUCGUCGCGCAGGAAAUAUUCUCCAGCUGGACUCACAAGACAGAACAUUUCCAAAAGAUCCACAGAAAAACUGGGGUUCCCUACAAGUCUAUGCUCUUCUUUGACGAUGAAAACAGGAAUAUUCAAUCGGUAUCAAAAAUGGGAGUUACUAGUGUUUUGGUAGACAACGGAUUGAAUCUUGACAUGUUCAAGUUGGGCCUCAGUAAUUUCGCUACUACUGUUGUUGCACCUGCACCAGCACCAGAGAACAAGUAACCUUAUUGUAUAAGUAGAAACAACAGACGGGGGAAACACCAAUGACUCAUGGAUAAUUGUGAAAAAAAUAAACUUGUAUUUCUUGUAACCGAUUGCUCAUAGGCAGUAGCGUAAGGAUGACUAUUUUGGUAAGUUAGGGAACUGCUACUGCUGAAACCAUUCUGCGUGUAAGCUUGUUAUACUUGAUUGGCAAUGUUGAAGAUUGUUUAGCCAA